GCAUUUCGGACUCGUUGACGACGAGCUUCCAAGCUGUUCAAGCCUCGACCCCGACGACGAGGACUGGGAUUCAUUAGACACGGCUGAAGGUCCGUCUCAGGAAAGAGACAACAGCCCGUUGUGUGCUGACUCUCCACAAGAUGUGGACAUUGCACCGAUUCCUAUAGCACCUGCCUAUUUCGAAAGGGUCGAUGCGAAGCCAGUGCUGCGAUCGAGAGAUCCGUCUCCCAUGGGAAUUAGCCAAAGGACGGUGUCUCGUCCGACCACACCCAUGAAAAAGGGCGAGGUGGGAAGAGGGGUUCCCUUCCGCAGGCCCACACCUCCGGUGACACCGAAGGAUGUAGACUUCGGUCCAGCUUGUGACGCACAAGCCAGGAUCAGACGAAUCAUCUCCCGGUCCGAGGUGAAAGACCCCGAUCACGACCCAGUGCCUUCGAGCCCGGCAGCUCCUCCAAUGGCCCCGGCCUCGACGGUUCCGGUUGUGCCACCACCUGGGCAUGGCGGCCCGCAGAUCUUGGAGGAUUCCAGAGGAGCCCUUGGCGAGUCUGACCUGGGGCUUCCAGGCACAGUUAUGGAUCCCAUCUUGGAAGAUGGAGGCAUAGUUGUUGGCACAUCGAGGAGCCGAGCCUCGUCUCGCGCCUCCCGGCGCUCGACCACGGCGCCACGCUCCUCCAUGUUCCCGUGGAUGGCGAGCCCGUCGGGCUUGCGUGACAUUGACGAAGGCAUACCUAUAUCUGCCACCGGACCUCGGUAUGCGGGCACACCUGCCCAGGCAGCAGAAGCCUUGCUCAACGGAGUGUCCGAGGCAGUGCAUUCUCCGUUUUCUGCUGCUCCGGAUGCUAGAGGAGCGGCUGCCAAGGCCUCAAUGCCGAGACAUGUGGCUUGUAUACGAAAGCAAGUUCUCGCUUCCAGGCCUGGGAAACUAAAGGGCGCUAUGGAAGAUGCUUGGAUACAUAUAUAUAUAUAUAUGUCGAUAAAUAUAUAA